UGUCUAGAGGGACCGGCCCUUGGGAGGGCAGGGGCGGGGCCGGAGGAGUAGGGGCGGAGCUUCCCAAGGCACGAAGUCAAAGCUUGGGGCGAUGCGCUGGCUCCCGCACUUUCGAUUCCGCUUGCCGCUGUUUCGGUGCGGUCGGCCGGGGAUAAGGCGCUCCCGGCACCCUUUCCCUUUGGGAGGCAAGGGCCGAGGCACCUCUGUGCCUCCUCCUAGCCCAGCACGGACACGCGGCUACCAAGCUCGACCAACCGGCCUCUUGGGCUGUCUGGCGGGACGUGAAAUCCCCCUGAAUGAAGUUCCAGCCUCUUCGUCAGCUCUCACACCCACCCCUACUCCGGAUCUCUAGCCGAGACCUGAUAGGGCGGGAAGUAGCUUGGCCCUCCGGGGAGGCUGCUCCCCGCUCCCUGCAGCGCUGCGCCUUGGCUCCCCCAGGACUCUGCUGAAGGGGUCCGGUUGCCCUGGCCGGCCCAGCCCGUGGCCCUCGGGCCAGCCUGCCCUACGGACCCUCCUUCCCCUAGACGCACUCCCAAAUCUCUGUUCUCGCAGCUGGGAGGAGCCCGGGAUCCCAGACCUGAACCAGGCAGAUUGAGAUGGAAGGAGUUGAAGUACGUUGAGCUUCCUGACCCGAGAGUUCUGUGUAACUGCUCAGUUUCCCAUACCCUGGCUUCCUUAGGCUUGAACUUGCUGAAAUUGUGCUGGGACCCCUUGCCAAUCUUGAGAACCUAAAACCAGAGCGACAUUCAUCAUCAGUGCUAACAGGCGUAGCAUUGAACUUUGUUCUUUUCUCAUUAGUGAAAAAGUCCCCAGAAAGAUGGGUGAGACGUUCUCCCAGCUGGGCUCUCAGAAGGAUGAAAACAAGUCAAUCCUGCCCCACGGCCCAGACAUUGGCAGCAAGGCUGCCAGCUACUCCAGCAACCGUAGCAGCAAGUCUUUUUUUUCCUGUGCGCCUUGUGCUGCUGGCAGCUUUGUGACUUGUCCCACCUGCCAGGGAAGUAGAGAGAUCCCUCGAGAGCUAGAGAAGCAGCUGGUGGCCCUCAUCCCCUAUGGGGACCAGAGGCUGAAGCCCAGGCACACGAAGCUCUCCGUGUUCCUGGCAGUGCUCAUCUGCCUGCUGACUUCCUCCCUCAGCAUCUUUUUCCUAUUUCCCCGGUCCAUCGCGGUGCAGCCCGCAGGCCUCAACUUCUCCAGCGUGGUCUUUGACAAGGCUGAUAUCCAUCUCAACAUAACGAAUGUCUUGAACAUCUCCAAUGGUAACUAUUACCCCAUCACCGUGACCCAGCUGACCAUUGAGGCCCUGCACCUGUCCCUCGUGGUGGGGCAGGUCUCCAACAGCCUGCUCCUACACGUCGGCCCUUUGGCCAGCGAACAGAUGUUUUAUGCAGUAGCCAACAGGAUCCAGGAUGAAAACACGUACAAAAUCUGCACCUGGCUGAAAAUCAAAGUCCACCAUGUGCUUUUGUACAUCCAGGGCACCCUGACCUAUACCUACCUGAGCCGUACUGAACAGCUGGUCUUCCAGAGCUAUGAAUAUGUGGACUGCCGGGGAAACACGUCAGUGCCCCACUUGCUGGUCCCUCACCUGCCGUGACUUGCCUGCUGUCCCCAAACUUGCCAGCCUGGUCUGUAUCUCACAACCCCAUGUUGCCCAAGGAAGGACGAUGGUGAUUUUUGCCAAAGGAAAAGCACUGCUUUAUCAUACUCAUCCAUCCUCACAACCUCAGCACGGGAAGCUUUCUGUGGAAGUUCACACACACACACACACACACACACACACACACACCCUCACCCUCACCCUCUGAUUUCCACAGAAACAGAAGCCUGGUUCUUCUAGCGGCGGGUACCAGGUUUUCCCCUUGGUCUAUCUUGAAAGUCUGACCUGACACUUCCUCGGAGCUACCUGACAGUCCCUGGAGUGGCCCCUGCCCUUUCUGUUCUGAGCGCCUUGGGUGCCCAGCUCCUCAGGGCUGUCCUUCCUGGAGAAAAGUUUUAAUUAUCAGGCUUUAAAAACAUGAAUCCUUUUCAAGUUCUCCACGUAGCAAUGGGAAAGCGACUUGGGGAACAUCCGGUGCUGUCUCCAGGGCCCUUUAGGGUACAUAGAUGCUCUUCUUUGCUUACCUACUUUGCUCAUGUGACAAGGUCAUGGUGAUGUGCUGCUGCUCCCCGGGUAACUUCUCCCCUGCCCGUCUGACACCAGGAUGGCCAAGGCCCUCUGGCUCUGCACCCUUCCUGGUUAAAGACUCCCCUCGUUCCUAGGAAGACAGAGCUGUUCUCCAGCUCAGGCUUCUCUCCAUAAAACAGUUUUAUUAUUCUCUUCACAGCAGAAGCCAAAGUAGUGGGAAUGGGGAAGGAGGCACCUGGCACCCCUUGGGCCUAUGCAGGUAAAACAGAGACAAAGCCAGAGUCAUUUUGAAGGGUAUUUAUUAAAGGAGAGCUUCCGGCAGGUGGUGAGCCCACACCCUUGCCCAUGUGAGUGGACCCAGGCAGGUCCAACAGAGGGCGCAGCUGCUGCCCCGGAAAGCCUGCAGAGGUGAAGCUGUCGGUAUCCAGCCAAACUGCUGGGCUCUGCUGCACCAGGGCCCACCCUCUGCUCCCAGAGGCCUCUGCUUUCCUUUGGGCACUGACAGUACAGAGUAGCACAUCGGUAGGGGCUGGUCUCGACUGUCUCCUCUUUGUUGUCACUCAGAUGAAGCUAAGGCCCAGGUAGUCCAGAUCCCACUGGGCUCCAGGUGGAGGCGGUUUGUGUUUAGCCGAGCAGGAAUGGUAUUUGCCCACUAAAGGUGGCUAAGGUUUUUAUCACUCAGGCAGGCAGAGAGAGAAGCUUAGGUGGUGAAGAAAGCUGAACUUGAAGUAGGAUGGAUGGAUGGAGGGGAAAGUGGUGACAGAACCUGGUGACUAGCUGGCUGGGGGAACGAGAGGAAGGGUGUGCUGUCUCCACGCUUUCAUGUCUGGGUAAUGGGUCAAGGGGGUGCCGGCAAGAACACAGAAGUCCAGGAAAGCCAGGCUCAAGCUUCUGCUGUGCCUAGGUCACCAAAUGUAAAGAAUUUAUAUUGUAUUC